AAAUAUAUUUAAUUGUUAUUCCAAUGGCGAAGAGUAGUAGAUUUUUUAACAUAUUUUUCUUUAUUUUGUUGAGUAUAGGAAUAUGCUCAUCUGCAAGAACCCUUAUUGGUCUUGAUGUUGGUGUUGGGGCAAAGGUCGGCGUCUAUGCCGGUGGAGGUGGUGGAGGUAGUGGUGGUGGCGGCGGUGGAGCUGCUGCUGCGUCAGGUGGUGGAUACGGAGGUGGUGAAGGUGCCGGUGGUGGUGCAGGCGGAGCUCAUGGAGCUGCAGGAGGAUAUGGUGGUGGUGGCGGCAGUGGAGGUGGAGCCGGUGGUGGCCACGGAGGUGGUGGUGGAGGUGGUUCAGCAUCAGGCGGUGGAUACGGAGGUGGUGAAGGUGCUGGUGGUGGUGCAGGAGGAUACGGUGGCGGUGGUGGAGGUGGAGCCGGUGGUGGAGGAGCCUAUGCCGCUGGGGACCAUGGUGGUUAUGCUGGUGGAAGUGGUAGUGGUGAAGGUGGUGGAAGCGGAUAUGGUGCUGGAGGAGCACCAGGAGGUGGAUACGGAGGUGGAGGUGGUGGAGGUAGUGGUGGUGGUGGUGGUGGUGCUAGUGCUGGUGGAGCACAUGGUGGUGGAUCUGGUGCGGGUGAAGGAGGAGGAAGUGGAGGUGGAAGUGGUGGUGGAUAUGGUGCUGGUGGGGCACCAGGCGGUGGAUAUGGUGGUGGAGGCGGACAAGGAGGUGGUGGUGGAGGUGGUUCAGCAUCAAGUGGAGCUGGUGGAACGUCAGGUGGUGGAUAUGGAGGCGGUGAAGGUGGUGGUGGUGGUGGUGGUGCAGGCGGAGCUCAUGGAGCAGGAGGCGGCGGCAGUGGAGGUGGAGCAGGCGGUGGAGGAGCCUAUGCAGGCGGUGAAGGGGGUGGACAUGCUGGUGGAUAUGGUGGUGGUGAAGGCGGUGGAUCCGGACAUGGUGGUGGUGGCGGCGGCUAUGCUCCUUGAAAACUUAUUAUCUUCACAAUUUGCAAACACUAUAGGAUUUCCUAUUCUUAAUUAAUAUCUAUACUAUUAAAAAUAACAUGAUCAAAUUGUGGUAAGAAUAUGUCUAAUUUAUGAAAGCAAAUUAUUAAAAAUGU